UUGAUCAUUCUUUUUAUUUUUCGGCAUCUUUUUUUUCAUUUUCCUUGUACAUUCAAAAUUUGUUUCUCAUUCUUUUCCUCAUAUGAACCCCUCACUUUGUCUCUUCCCAACUCUCUCUCUCUCUCUCUCUCUCUCUCUUUCUUUCUUUCUUUCUCCCAAAUUAUUACUAUUGUCUUGAUCAUUCUUUUUAUUUUUUCGGCAUCUUUUUUUUUUUUUUUCCUUGUACAUUCAAAAUUUGUUUCUCAUUCUUUUCCUCAUAUGAACCUCUCACUUUGUCUCUUCCUAACUCUCUCUCUCUCUCUUUCUCUCUUUCUCUCUCUCUCUCUCUCUCUCUCUCUUUCUUUCUUUCUUUCUUUCUCCCAAAUUAUUACUAUUGUCUUGAUCAUUCUUUUUAUUUUUCGGCAUCUUUUUUUUCAUUUUCCUUGUACAUUCAAAAUUUGUUUCUCAUUCUUUUCCUCAUAUGAACCUCUCACUUUGUCUCUUCCCAACUCUCUCUCUCUCUCUCUCUCUCUUCCGCCCUCUCAAUCUUUCUCUGCCUAUGUCCUCUAUAUCCUUCUUCCUUGCUUUCUUUAUCAUUUUCACUUUUUUCUUUAUCUCUUUGCCAGUCCUUGCUUUCUUUAUCUUUUUCACUCUCUUUCCCGUCUUUUCCUAAUUUAUCAGUUUCACUCACUUUCUUUCUCUAUUUCCAGUCCUUUAUUUCUCUAUCAUUUUCACUCGCUUUCUUUAUUUCUUUCCUGCCCUUUCAUUUUUUCUUUCUUUAUCUUUUUCUCUCAUUUAUUUAUUUAUUUAUUUCCAGUUUUUUCUUUCUCUAUCAUUUUCGUUCUCCUUCUUUUUCUCUUUCCAGUCCUUACAUUCUCCAUCAUUUUCACUCUCUUUCUUUCUCUCUUUCCAGUCCUUACAUUCUCCAUCAUUUUCACUCUCUUUCUUUCUCUCUUUCCAGUCCUUACAUUCUCCAUCAUUUUCACUCUCUUUCCAAUCCUUACUUUUUUUAUCAUUAUCACUCUCUUUCUUUAUUUCUUUCCUGUCCUUUCUUUCUUUAUCUUUUUCACUCACUCUAUUUAUUUCCAGUUUUUUCUUUCUCUAUCAUUUUCACUCUCUUUCUUUCUCUCUUUCAAGUCCGUUCUUUCUUUAUCAUUUUCACUUUCUUUCUCUCUUUCCACUCAUUUCUUUCUAUCGCUUUAUCCUUCCUUUCUUCCUUCCUUUCUUCCUUCCUUCCUUCCUUUCUUGCUUCCUUCCUUUCUUCCUUCCUUCUUUCCUUCCUUUCUUCCUUCCUUCUUUCCUUCCUUUCUUCCUUCCUUUCUUCCUUCCUUCCUUCCUUUCUUCCUUCCUUCCGUCCUUCCUUUCUUGCUUCCUUUCUUCUUCCUUCCUUCCUUCCUUCCUUCCUUCCUUGCUUCCUUCCUUUUCUUCCUUCCUUCCUUCCUUCCUUCCUUUCUUCCUUCCUUUCUUCCUUCCUUCCUUUUCUUGCUUCCUUCCUUCCUUCCUUCCUUCCUUCCUUGCUUCCUUUAUUCCUUCCUUUCUUCCUCCCUUCCUUCCUUCCUUUCUUGCUUCCUUUCUUCCUUCCUUCCUUCCUUUCUUGCUUCUUUCCUUUCUUCCUUUCUUCCUUCCUUUCUUCCUGCCUCUUUUUAUUCAUUCUCUCUUUUCUUGUCUUCGUUUAACCCUUUCAUUUCCCAAACGUCAAUAAACUUUAUUCCCCCUUUUUCUCUCCUGUUUCCUUAUAUUUCCUUCUUUUUUCAUUUUCUCUUUCCUCCCCCUUUUAACAUUUUCUUACUUAACGACCCAAGAACUAAGAAUAAGGCUUUAUCCUUUAUCUUCAAUAAGCGUUUUAUCCUUCCUUCCUUCCUCCCUUCCUUCCUCCCUCCCUUCCUGCCUCUUUUUCUUCAUUCUCUCUUUUCUUGUCUUCGUUUAACCCUUUCAUUUCCCAAACGUCAAUAA